AUGAUCGAAAUACCUGAUUUGGACAAGUUAACCUUGGAGUCCUCGAAUUCUCGAGAUAAUCUCAAUAACAUAAGUAAUGCUGCCGAGACUCCAGAGAGCCAGCCUCAAGCAGCCAUGGACAGUGACAACGGUAGCGAGAUCAUGCCUCUUGCAUCAAGUCUUGCAUACGUUGUAGAUUCCACAUCGGUGUCGAUGAAUGGAUCCACAGACGACUAUUUAAACGAUUUGCGUGCUUACAAAUUUGGCCAGACCAGUGGAUUCAAUAGUGAGAGACUGUUAAUUAAGCCUAGACCUUACCAGCCCUCCAACCUAGGUGAAUCAACCUCGAUAUUCAACAACAGCAUGAACGAGAAUGACCAUGAUGCGUCCUCUUCUCAGAUUUCGUUUAAUAUGCCCCAAUUGAAGACAGCAGAAGCUGUAUCCAUUACCCAAAGUCCAACACAACCCAAAUUCUUAACGUCCCCUCGAUUGGUCACUUCAAAUGGCGAUCAAUUGGAUGACGAUGAAGACGAAUCUCAAGCUGGCCUAGUACACCAGGAGAUCGACGAAGAACAAUCCGGUGAAAGGGAUACUACACAACAAUUGCAUGAACCAAUACACUUUGAACAUGAAGGAAAUUCCACAACUAUCCAUGAACAAGAGAAAAAUGAUGCUGCCAUUUCCAAUUCCAUCCGUAACAUUUCAAACAACAGUAGCAACAUGAACAAUUUCAACAGGAGCCCGAAAUUGAGCACCGGAAGAAGCAUGGAAUUCAAUUCGAUCAGACGAGAAUUGGCCACUGAUCUGAAGACUCCAGCCGAAUAUACUUUGCAUAUACUUUUCACUCAAUUCGUUCGCCACGCGGAGAGGAAGUUAAACCUAUGUCUUGAUUUUCCUUUGAACGAAGAACCCCCCAUAGUAGAGUUGUUAGGAGAAGGUGUUGAUGCGCAAUUCGAUAAAAUUAUUGCAUCUUUGGGGUACAUUGCAAGGCGAAAACCAAGUCCUGUUAUCGAUAGUGUAAUGUUUUGGAGAAAAAGUAAGAGUGAAGUUGCAUCAAUGGCUGCUCUUGAAGUUGAGAGAGUAAUUCAUUUGUCUAGAAGUAAUCCAACUGUAAAAGGUAACAAUUUUAACGGGUUGAUGAUAACACCAUCCAAUCCAGGCAUAGUGAAAAAUAGUCAUAAUAACAUGGACGUGAAUAACGUAGUUGCACCUCCAACAAAAGCUAAACGAAGUUUAAGUUUGAUGAGAAGUAAAAGUAUUUCUAAAUUCACCGGAAGUCACAAGAGAAAUCAAUCAGCCUCAACCGUAGUUGGUCUGAUAUCUGGAGACUCCAACCAUAGUAGCAGCAAUAUCUUACCCCCUUCUUCGAGUACUUCGAAGACUUUGGAGGAUCAAUUUGAAAGUCAAAUAUAUCAAGCACGAGAAACUGCUAUACAAGCCGAUAGAAAAUCAUUGGCCCUGAUCUACAUAUUAUGUAGAGUACUCAUAGAAGUGGUAAAGCAAACUUCCACUGAAACUAUGGGUGAAGAGUUGACUUCUAAAUUAGAAGAGAUUGUAUACACACAGAUGAAGACCACGGACCCUAUAAGUACUAGUGAAUCUAUAGUCAGAUCAUCUAAUUGGAAUCUCUUUGCCCAACUUCUAGGUUACAUGUCAGAGAAACAAUUCCUCAGUGUCAGCGAUAGAUUCAUAGCUGAUUUAGAAAAGAUACCUGCUCAUAUUCAGCAAGAUACUGAACCCAGCUUACAUUUAUUAAUUCAUGGUAUGAAAUAUUUGAAAUUAACGAAUUACCCAUUGGAAAAGUUUGAGGAACUGGCCGAAUUUAUGCAAUCUUUGGGCAAGUUUUUCGGCAAGUCUAUGAAUGAGUCUAUUAUAUAUGCUUAUUGCGAGGUCUUGGGAAAUUUAGUUUUACCAUUGGCUAACAUCUUAACUGCUGAAACGAAUCAUCCGACUUGGGUUGAAGCAAUAGAGAGCAUUUUCAACAAAGCAUAUCAAAUAUGGAAUCAUAAUAUGAAACAAUCCACCUCAAAUUACACCUCCUCAAGUGCUUUAUCUUCCAACGCCAAUUCAAAUUUCCUCAGUGGGUGGUCAUAUUCAAUUUGUCUUAUGACAUCAAUGCUUGCAGUUUCAAGAAAAGAAUUAUUUGCUAAAGCUUGGUUUGAUGUCAUAGAAGAAAAUCUAUUUAAAUUGAAGCCUAAGGUAGAAGUAUUUGAAAAGACUACUUUGAUAACUUGCAUCUCAAGAUUAUCUUGGGUUUAUCUCUACAGACUUCCUGACUCUUUGAAUAAUACCGUCAAAAAAUUGGAUAGUUUGUUUGGGCAUUUAUUUUUCAACGCGGCGGUGACUGGGAAGAAGCUGCAAUGGAUCACUACGACGAAUCCGGGUUUAACUAACUCAUUAAUCAUGCUAAUGAAAAUCGUAGGUUAUCAACAUCUAAACUACAUGUUAGAUAAUGUCUUAAUUAGACUUUUGAAAAUAUGUUUCAAUGGAUUCUCAUUAGAAAAUGUCUCUUCUGAGAGAUUGGUCUUAGUAGUCAAGAGUUAUCUCGCCAUCAUUCAAAGCUAUGAAAAGGGAGUUAAACCUAGCUUUCCUACAGAUGAAGUGAUUGCGAAAGAAAGUGAGAGCAAAGUAAAACAAACAAGAAAGAAGUUUGAUAAUAGGAUGAAUUACGCUACCACAAAUACUUCCACCAAUUAUUCUAACUUGGAAGGCGGAGGGGUAGAUGAAUUUUUGUUUAUUGCUAAAAAUCCUAAUAAUGCAGUUUCUCACGAAGAAAUCAGCAAUUCCUUUGCAAACUUAUUGCGAUUACUUGAUGGUGUAUAUGGCGCUGACGUCUGGACGUCUGAGAAUGGUCUGAUAACUCCAAUCAGUACGUCAUUUUCCAAAACAGGAUCCGGAAUUGCUGCAGAUGGAAAUUUAUCUGGAACAAUGCCAGGAUCAUCGGGGGGCGGAAAUGCAAGCGGUAGUGCUGGAGGCUUUUUUCACUUCGGUAUUGAUUUUACUGACCAGAACACCAAACUGGGUCAACUAGAACUAUUCGCAGCAAUUAUAGAAGCCAUCCCGUGGACAUUGGUAGCAAUUGGCCCAGAAAAAGUGUCUUCUUGUGGUAUUCCAUUCAAAAAUAUAGUGGAGGUAUUGGCAAGGAAUGCAGUUCAUCCAGAUAGUAAAGUUUCGAAUGCGAGUAUAAAAUCUUUAAGAAAAUUGGCUACCAGAAAGAAUCCCUCAUCGUUAAUAACAAUCUUCGCCAAAAUUGCCUUCCAAUUUAGCGAGAAGCCAGGACCUAAUUAUAAUUCUGUUUAUUUGAAUUCUCCUGAAUUUCAUAGACUUUUGAAGAUAUAUGUUGAAUUAUUAAAUUGUUGGCUAGGUCAAUUCUAUUAUAUUAAUGAGAAACAGAGUGAAUCAAAUAACAAGACAUUAAAUUCUUUAACACAAGACGAUGAAAUGAUGAGUAAGGAUGUUUUGAACGACUUAUAUCAAAUCAAUUUCAAGGCUGAUGACUUAUCAAACGUUGAAUAUGCGCAUAAGUUAAAACCAAGUGAUGAAUUGGAAUGGAAAAAUAUUAUAACGGUAAUUGAAGAAGUAGAAGGUAACGGCUUAUUCUUCUUGUGCUCCCAAGAUUACAAGACUAGACAUUUUGGAAUUUAUAUUUUGAAGAUAGUCGAACACUUUGACCAAGCUAUCUAUAACAUAACUGAUUCGGGCAGGAUUGGAAAACAGAAGUCACCAUCCCCUGAAGGAUCUAAGUCUCACUCAAGAAAUUCUUCUAAGUUUGCAGCUGACAUUGGAACUCGUCUUAUUCACAUUCUUGAAGAUACUGACUUCCUUGAGCUAAUUAAGCCAUUUAGAAAUGAAAUCUCUAUUCCUGAACGUUCCAGAUUGGCUAAAUUAAAAAACAAGAAGAAUAUUUUGGUCAGGCUAGCCGAGAGUGAUUAUGGUAUUGAUUCAACACUUUGGUUUAGACUUUACCCCAGAAUCUUAGAUAUCUUUUUUGAAAGAUGUCCAAUUCCAGUUGCAUUAUGUAGAUCUAUUGUUUGUGUGAGAAUGGUUCAGAUGCACGAAUUCGUUUUAGAUUUUGCCGACACCUAUAAGAAUUAUACCUCAUCCCUAUUCAAUAGGACAAAUCACAAUUUCGGUGGUACUCCACCCGAAGUAAUGCUCAACCAAUGGAAAUUAUACUUGAUUUUUGCAGCUUGCUCUUUGACUUCGACAAAUGAUCAGAAGAUUUCAUUUCCAACUCAACCAACUCAUGGGAGGAAAAAAUCAAUGCAGAUGUAUAUUCAACACCAAAAAAUAACUAGUGCUAAAUCUGUUUUCAAAAUGGUUUUUCCCUUACUCAAUUCUAAACAACCAAUGGUCAGAGAUGCAGUGAUUAAUGGUUUAAGCUGCCUAAAUAUUAAUAUUUUCAAAACUUUGCUAGAAAAUAUGCCAGACUCGAUGAACGAAUGGGUAUGCAACAAUAAGAAAAGGGAUCCCAGUGAAGAUCGACUUAGAAUUGAAACUGUUCACAUAAUAAGUAAUGUAACCAGUAGGUUUCAAAGUAAGAUGGAGGAAAUUUAUUGCGAUGAAUGGAUUGUUGCCAAUUUGGUAGGAAUAAUAAAGAAUGUGAAGACGUUUUUAAGCAAUCCCUUAAUUCAAACUGAUAUCGAAUUUCAAAAAUUACGAAGGUUCUUCUGUCAAUUAUUGGAGAAUGUCUUUUUAGGUAUAAAAGAAAUUUCUAGUAAUAAUGGUGACCUCAGAAAUGGUGAUGAACUUGACAAAUGGCUCCCCUUUGAAGCAAGAUUGGGCUGUUUCAAUUUUUUGAAGGAAUGGUGUGGCUUUGGUGACGUUGCAGACAUAGCAGAAGAUAGAUACAAUACCAUGAUGCAAAAAAUUGCUAAGCUGAAAGAACUUCAACCCCAAGCUUCUGCAAUUUUGGAAGUUGAGAGAAAAGCGUUGCAGUUGUCUUCCCUAAGCUGUAUGUCCAAACUUUGCUCCGGCCCUAUUAGGAAAGAGAUAGAAGUGCCAGGGAAGUCUGCAGUAUUAUCGUUCGACAUACCAGGAUUACAAAGCUGGAUACAUGGUUUGUUCAUCUCAGACUUAGAAUUUUGUCACGAGAUUGGAAAACAAGCCUUGAGAAAUAUUUUACGAUUGAACCCGGAUUAUAACGAGAUUUAUGACAAUGUGAUAUAUCAGUGUUAUACUUCACAAGAAAAGAAUAAAGCAACGGAAAGCUAUUUUACUGUAUUUUCUGAAGUUUUCAUGGAGCAGCAAGAAAAGAUUUCAAGCAAUGUGGAAGGUAUGCAACAAACUUUACCAUAUGAAGUAUUCUGUUUAUCUUCGUUACUUGUUGGGAAUGAAAAUUACGAAAUUAGAUUUGCUGCUAUUAAGUUGUUAACUUUCUUGGAAAAUAAAUACUACGGUACAAGUAAUUUAGACAGAUUUGUCGAAUGUGUCCGCAGUGAAACCAAGGUAGUUUACAAGAAAGCUUUGUAUGAUAUUUCCGUCACAUUGGCAACGGCACACCCCGAAGAAGCGUAUGAGAGAAUCAGUUACUUGACAAUGUUUUUUAACAUGGUUAAUUACACUUCCAGAAGAGAUACGUUGAGUUGUAUUUUACCUUGGGUUCAAAUAGUAGAAUUAAAGGACAAGGUGGAAGACUUAUUUGAUGACGACGAACUGAUCGGUGCCCCACCGCCGCCACCACGACCUUUGACCACUAGGAGCCAGCUGCAUCAUGGUACUUUUAUUAAUAAUCUAGAUGCACCAUCAAUAAUGAUAUUGAACAAUUUGUUCGAAAUUACGGUUAAAUUUUCCCUGGCCAUGCUGAACGAAGUGGAGGCACUUUGGGUAGCAUUGGGAAGUGGGAAUGCAGCUGCAAACUUCGAUAAAAUCAUCGAAUAUAUCAUGAGUAACUGUCUUGAGAGGAAGAAUCAAGUCUUUGUUGAGUUUUCCAGACAAAUUAUUGAUUAUUUGGCAUUCUCACAAACUGAGAACCUAUUGUAUAUUAUUGACAAAUUUAUUUCAAACUUACAUCCUAAGUCUAUGGUUCCUCCUCUACCAAAGACAUUAUCUAAUGCACUCGAUGUUGGCGAUUUCCCUUAUAUUGCAAAUCUUUGGAAAUUGAUUCCGCAUAACGAGAAGGAUGUUACUUUCUCAUUGGGGCAAUUAUCAUCAGUGUUUUUAGUGGAUUUGUUUUGCACGCAAAAUGAUCGAAUGGUUGAAAGGUUGCCAUUACUCUUGCAUAUCUCAUUCUCACUAUUAGAUCAUUAUUUGUACAUCGUUCAGGAACAAGCAGGAAAUUUAUUGAUUCAUUUAAUACAUUCAUUAGCUGGUAAUAGUGAAUCAAAAAAGGUGAAAGAGACUGUCGAGAUAUUAAGACAAAGAGACAAUGCCAAGCAUCUUUGGGUAUAUGAUGAUUUGAACAAGAAUAAUGGAAACGGUUCAAGUAAUUCUGGGCGUACCCCAAAGAACAUGGAUCUUUUGGUCAGAAAUAUUCUUGAAAUAUUCUUGCCCAUUGUGCCAGGCUUACAAGAAGAGUGGAGUACUACUUCAUUGGUAUGGGCAACUACUUGUGCAGUGAGACAUAUCGCAUGUAGAUCUUUUCAAAUUUUUAGAUCUCUUUUAUCAUUUUUGGAUCAAGUAAUGCUAAGGGAUAUGUUGCAUAGAUUGUCUAACACAAUAUCAGACGAUGCAAUUGAAAUCCAAGGAUUUGCAAUGCAAAUUCUAAUGACCCUCAAUGCAAUUACUGCUGAAUUGGAUUCUAAAAAGUUGAUAGACUUUCCCCAAUUAUUUUGGUCAAGUGUUGCGUGCUUGUCUACUAUUCAUGAGCAGGAAUUCAUUGAGGUGUUAAGUACCAUGAGCAAAUUCGUUUCCAAAAUUGACUUAGACGCACCUGACACAGUGUCAUGUCUUAUUUCAACAUUCCCACCUAAGUGGGAAGGAAAGUUCGAAGGUUUGCAACAAAUUGUGUUAGUUGGGUUAAAGUCUGCUACAGCUUGGGAACCACUAUUAAAAUUCUUGGAUAAAAUGAAUCUGUUGAAGGACAGUGAAAUUAUUGGAAUGGGAGAUUCAAGACUACUUAUGUCACUAUUGGCGAAUUUACCAAGAUUUUUGCAUGCAUUGGAGAAAAAGAAAAUUACUAGAGAAAUUGAAGAUUCUUGUAACUUGUUGAUAAAGAUGUCAGAUAAUGCCAACAAACCAUCUUUAUCGAAAAUAUUAGUUUCAUUGGGCAAAAAUAGGUUCAGAAGUAAGAAGGACUUUUUAAAUCAGACUGUAUCAACUAUUAAAAUGUUGUUCUUCCCUCAGUAUGAAGCUCAGACAUUAGUGUUCUAUUUGGGUUUAUUAUCAAACAAAAUUGAUUGGGUUAAGUUGGAAACUAUGAAUCUAUUGAAGUACAUCUUCCCUCUAGUUGAUUUGACACGUGAUGAAUUCGUUGGGGUUGGUGCUGAUCUUAUUUCCCCAUUAUUGAGAUUGUUGUUGACUGAUUUUGCUGAACCAGCAUUGGAAGUUCUUGAUGAAUCUGUCAUAAUCUCAGGAUCUCAAUUGGAUAAAGACGUAUUAAGGAUGCUGCUUGGCAAUGCAUCUAUGAAAAAGGAAUAUGAAAAAACGGCAACAUUAUUCGGUAUCCCUGACGAAAGUGGAUGGGCUAUCCCAAUGCCUGCUGCAACAGCUGCAUCGACCAGAAGCAAUGUUCAUUCUGUAUUUUCAACUUGUAUCAUUCCUCAACAAAGCAUAAUUGAAGAUGAUCUGCAUGGGGACUCUGGAUAUGUCACCAAAGAUGGAGAAAACUCCAACGGUGACUCAGGAAUAAGAAGGAUUGAGUCGAUUGAACUUCCUGGUGGAGGAAUAGGUCCUGGAAAUUUUGCAAGAAUCGGUACUUUCAAUAGUGGUCACUACUAUGACACGCCAGAUGAAGAUGAAGAAAUUCAUUUCCAUAUGGAGGACUAUUAUGGACCAUCAAUUGAUCACAAUGAUGGUGAAUCAAUUACGGUUGGGGAACCUGAUGCUUCCUUAAGUAAUAUGUGGGCUGCAUUGGAUGACUUUGACUCAUUUUUGACAAAAGACAAGGAGCAAUACCCAACAAGUGGAGGUGGAGUUACAGGAGGAGUUGUCAGUAGUGUCGGUGGUGUCGCGAGCAGUGUAGGUGGUGCUAUUUCCAACUCAGUUUCGAAUGUACUAGGAUUCAAUUCUAAUGUUGACAAUUAUUACAAUAAGAAUAUAGGUAGUAAUACCAGAAGGGAUCAACAUUUCCCAAAUCAAAGUCCUCAUGCUAUCUCCAACGCAAAUAUCAGCGGUGGUCAUUUUUAUCAUGGACAUAGUGCAUCGAUUGACACCAAAUAUAGCAAUGCUCUGGACUCGGUCGCAAUGGACUCUGCUCCUUUAGUUUACGAUAAGAAAGCAAGUGUUAUUUUGAAUAGAAGUUUGGCACGUACACAUUCUAAUACUUCAUUCAAAAGUAGCUUAGCAGACUCGAUGGGUGCAGGAACCAAUGCCUUCGGCAGCGGAAAUGUGAGCGUAUCUAACUUUACCGGAAACUCGCAACCAGGGACACAAGGAAGUAUAUCAGUAACUAAAAGAUCAUACAUUCCUUUUAGAAAUAGUAGGACCAUUGCUAAUAAGAAUAGCCAUAGCAAUAUCAAUAGCCCUAGAUCCCCAACGUUGGAUUCGGGAGAAAUAGGAUAUUCGACUUCCCCGUUUAGGACCCCUAGAAUAGGGAGCCCUACGACAAACGACGGAUUCUUCUCAAGUAUACCUGCUAAUGCGGGGGGCAGUAUUACAGGACCUUCUCCUAAAAUUACCACUACUCCUGUCACGCAGUCUCUUCCAUCCAACAUGUCUAUUAACUCUAACGGUACUAAUUUGAAUGGUAAUGGUGGCAAUCCCUACAGCGGAAGUUCUCCUAGUGUUGAUGUAGUUGGUCUGCCGUUGGAUAGUAUAUUGGCAAGGGAAGAGAGCAAGAAAAGAACAAGGAAGGCACCAUCAUAG